CGUGCCAAAAAUGGCAUUUUUUGCCAUAAAUUUAACAUUUUUCGAAAAUAUGCCUUUUUUCUUUGGCAGUAGUAUAAUGGUGCCAUAAAAAUGCCAAUCUUUGUCGCAGAGUUGCCAUGAAAUGCCAAAAAUUACAAUUGCGUGUAUAUGACUGGAACCAAAAAUCAUACCCGUAUCGCGUCAUUCGCGUAUAGUACAUGUAUGAGCCCCAGGAGAGGAGGGUUGACUGACUCGAUCUACUCAGUUUCUUAUUGGAUGUCAAGGCUUUCCUACGGCUGUGUCACUGUUGAUCAUCGGUAUGCCGAAAACGAAACCUUUAUCAGGGUACUGGAUGAAAGAAUUUCAAGGAUGGUUAACACAAUCUCCACUUGAUGAUUCAGAUGACCUGUGGUGUAAGGUAUGCAAGACUAAGGUCAAAAAUAAAAAGUACAACGCUGAAAUGCAUGCCAAAUCUCAUAAGCACCAGAGAGCAGCAGAUCAACUCAAAAGUUCUCCAAGUGUUUCAUCAUAUUUCACUUGUGGUCCUAGAGAAAUGAAAAUUUUUGAUAUUAGAUGGAGUGUUGCCAUUGCCUGUCAUGCAGCUAUCAGAGCAACAGAUCACUUAGGAGAAAUUAUUAAUGAAUCUUCAAGGAAGACAGACUUUUUACAUGGUAUGAAACACCACAGAACAAAAUGUUCCAGUAUUCUUACUAAUGUUGUACACCCUUGCCUUCAUGACUCGGUAAUCAAAGAUAUACAACAGACUUCAUUUUCACUCAUCAUUGAUGAGUCGACAGAUGUUUCAGUUACAAAGCACUUGUGCAUGUGUGUAAGAUAUUUCAAGGAGGAUAUACCAUCAGUUGUAACAAAAUUCUUAACAUUACUUCCUGUCAUCUCAUGUACAGCAUCAUCUCUAUUCUCAGACAUCAAGUUAUACUUUGAUGCACACAGUGUUCCAAUGAGUCAUAUUAUUGGAUUAGGUACUGAUGGUGCAUCCAAUUUGUGUGGAGCUCAUAACUCUGUGUAUACUAAGAUAAAAGAACACGCUCCUCAUUGUGUUUUAGUUAAAUGUAUUUGCCACAGCUUAAGUUUGUGUGGAAAAGAUGCAUUUAGUGAACUGCCUUCUAACCUUUCUUUUUUGCUGAGUGAAGUUGCAAAGUGGUUUAAAUUUAGCUCUCUUAGAAGAAGUGAUUAUGAUGAAUUGUUUCAUGUCAUGAAUGCAAACAUUCCCAAUUUGCACCCCACAAAAUUCAUAAGUCCGUCAGAGACAAGAUGGUUAGUGACUGGGAAAGUUAUUAAUUCAGUUAUCACACAAUGGCAUGAACUCACAGCAUAUUUCAGCUGCAUUAAAUAUACAAAAAACUAUAGUUGCAAGUCACUGCUGGAAAUGCUAAAUGACAGAUCAAAUUACUUAUACCUAGUAUUUGCUGCUCCCCUCAUAAAUGAGUUUGAACAAAUUAAUGCUUCUUUUCAACACACAAAUGCUGACCAGUGUCGUUUAUUCAAGGAUUUGGAUGUUUUUUACAUGUCACUGAGAAGUAGAAUAUGUAAAAAUGAGUAUGUACAAAAAUAUGAAAAAAUUCAAGAUGCACAUCUCAAACCAAUAAAAGACAUUCAGUUUGGAGCUAAAUUUUAUCAGGAGCUGUCAGAGUCAAAACUUUCCAGUGAACAGGUACUAAACAUAAAGUAUCGAUGCCUCAAUUUUUUGAAGACAGCAGUAGAUAAAGUAUCCAUGAGGCUGCCAGAGAAAUUUAAGUUUUUGGAGACACUGCAAGCUUUUCACCCUGAUGUUCUUCUCUCCCAGACUAGAUUUGUUCCAUUUCAAAAGCUGAACCUCACAGAAUUUUGUAAAAGUGAUGAAAAUCUUGAUGACUUGGAAAGACAGUACAUGAACAUCAGAUUGUGUGAUUGGACAAAUCUUGGGAUUGACAUUAAAGAUCAGACAAAUUUUUGGUGUAAUGUUUAUAACUUUAAGAAUGCAACAGGUACGUGCUGCUUCAGAACUUUGGCAAAAUUAGUCUUAGAUAAGUUAUGCCUACCUAUUUCAAAUGCAUAUGUUGAGAGAGUUUUUAGUCAGGCUACCCUUGCAAAGACUAAGGUAAGAAAUAAGAUGGGGCACAAGUUAUUAAAAAGCAUUUUGAUGAUUAGAUCACACCUGAUGUUGAAUAAUUUUUGUUGCAAGGAUUUUGUUGUAACAGAAGAGAUGGUAAAUAGAUUCAAUUCAAGUAUGUAUGCACAUGAUACAAAUGAAGAUGAUGCUGAUACAUUUGAUGAUGUUGAAUUAAUUUCUGAAAUUUUGCAGGAAUAAGUGUGUGUGUGUGUGUGUGUGUGUGUGUGUGUGUGUGUGUGUGUGUGUGUGUGUUAAUAUCAGCCCAAAACAGUAGCAUUAUUUUCAAUAAAGGAUUAUCGCUUUUAAACAGGUAAAGUUUUUUUUUUAUAAUUUGAAAAGAUUUAAUAUUUAUUUUAAAUAAAGGAUUGUAAUUUUUUAUUUUAAUUUUCUCUUUCCCUUGAUAAGUGCCAUAAACUCUGCCAUUUUCGAAAAAAAAAAUUGCCAUAAAAUGCCAAAAAUCAUGAGCACAGCAGCCAAUGAAAUAUUGCGGGACCUGGCA